UCGAGCUGUUAGCUCGGUCAUCUGAAUCUGGUUUGUUUUCCGAAAGCAAAGAGCAGUUAGGCGCGUUGCGGUUGGAAACGUCGUUGUUAGUGUGGACUGGGGGGCUUUUGGGGUUUCUAUAAUUUGCGAGCUUUCUAUUGACUCGUGGACGGGGAUUUGGUUUUCCGAGAAUGUCAUUUUCCGGUGGCUUCUUGUUUUGAGAUGUAAAUUUGUGUCGUAGAGUUCCAAGUCAGCUCGAAUCCAUGGAUAUUACGGAGGUCGAAGAAAGCUUGUUUGCUGCAAGUGAUGCCAAGCUGCAUGGAGAAAUGUGCAAGAUCCUCUCUGCAAGUUAUUGCAGAGUAAUGUCAAUUUUUCCUUCGUUGGAAGCGGCUCGGCCUAGGAGCAAAUCUGGCAUCCAAGCUUUAUGUUCAUUGCAUGUAGGGCUUGAAAAGGCUAAGAAUGUGCUUCAACACUGCUCAGAAUGUAGUAAACUUUACUUGGCUAUAACUGGGGAUUCUGUGCUCUCAAAAUUUGAGAAGGCUAGAAUUGCUCUCAUGGAUAGUCUCAGGCGUGUUGAAGAUAUUGUUCCGCAAUCUAUUGGUUGUCAGAUUCAAGAGGUUCUUAGUGAACUUGAAUGUACUGUCUUCUCACUUGAUCCCUUAGAGAAGCAAGUUGGUGAUGACAUAAUUGGGCUGCUUCAGCAAGGGAGAAAAUUUGACAACUGCAGUGACAUUAACGAGCUAGAAUCUUUUCAUCAGGCUGCUAUCAGGCUUGGUAUAACCUCUUCUACGGCAGCUCUUAGAGAGAGAAGAGCACUAAAGAAACUCAUCCAGAGAGCCCGUGCUGAGGAAGAUAAGCGGAAGGAGUCAAUCGUGGCUUAUUUAUUGCAUCUUAUGAGAAAGUACUCUAAGUUGUUUAGAAGUGAUUUCUCAGAUGAUAAUGAUUCACAGGGCUCUGCACCCUGUUCUCCCACUGUUCAAGGUUCUAAUGAGGAUACUGGUUCUGGGGGUAAUGGUCAAGCAUUUGACAGACAACUGUCAAAAGUCAGUUCUUUUAAUUUCAAGACUUCUUUCAGUUACAAGUCGAACACUAGAAAAUCAGGUCAGAUGGCUCUUCCACCUGAAGAAUUGAGAUGUCCAAUAUCAUUGCAGCUCAUGUAUGACCCGGUGAUCAUUGCUUCUGGUCAAACCUAUGAAAGGAUUUGCAUUGAAAAAUGGUUUAGCGAUGGGCAUAAUACCUGCCCAAAGACUCAACAGAAGCUGAGUCAUCUUUCUUUAACUCCCAAUUAUUGUGUCAAGGGUCUCAUUUCUAGUUGGUGCGAACAGAAUGGAAUUUCUGUUCCUGAUGGCCCACCAGAGUCGCUUGACCUCAACUACUGGAGGCUGGCAUUUUCUGAGUCUGAGUCUGAGUCCACUAAUUCAAAAUCUAUGGGUAGUAUUGGCUCUUGCAAGUUGAAGGGUGCUAAAGUGGUUCCUAUAGAGGAGAGUGGUACAAUAGAGGAGGAUGUUGGAAAUGAAACGGAAGAGGUAUCUCCAGCAUCAGAAGAAUCUGAGCAUGAUGCUUUUGAGAGUUAUCAGGAUCUUUUAACUGUCUUGAACGAAGGGGAGGACUUCAGGAAGAAGUGCAAAGUGGUGGAGCAAAUAAGGCUCCUGCUGAAGGAUGAUGAGGAAGCCAGGAUGUACAUGGGGGCAAAUGGAUUUGUUGAAGCACUUCUACAAUUUCUGAACUCAGCUGUGCGUGAAGCAAAUGUUUUCGCUCAGGAAAGUGGAGCUAUGGCUCUAUUCAAUCUUGCUGUUAAUAAUAACAGAAAUAAGGAGACAAUGCUAGCGUCCAGAGUAAUAUCAUUGCUGGAAGAAAUGAUCUCCUAUCCUAGUUCUCAUGGACCUGCAACAGCCCUUUAUCUGAAUCUCUCCUGCCUUGAAGAAGCCAAGCCUUUAAUCGGCACAAGCCCUGCUGUCCCUUUCUUAACCCAACUCCUUCAAACCAAUGCUGGAACUCAAUGCAAGCUUGAUGCUCUCCAUGCUCUAUACAACCUUUCUAGCAUUCCCUCAAACAUUCCGAAUCUUCUUUCAGCCAGUAUCAUCAACGGUUUGCAAUCCCUUCUUGCAGACUCUAGUGAAAAUUCAUGGACAGAAAAAUGUAUAGCUGUUUUGAUAAAUUUGGCUUCAAGUUAUUCGGCAAAAGAGGAAAUUAUUUCAAAUACGAAGCUUAUCAGUGCACUAGCAGCACUUCUGGAGGCUGAGCAACCCAUUGAGCAGGAACAAGCCGUCUCGUGUCUCUAUAUGUUGUGUAAUGGGAAUGAGAAAUGCAGUCAGAUGGUCCUGCAGGAAGGGGUAAUUCCUGCAUUGGUGUCGAUGUCCGUUAAUGGAACAUCAAGAGGAAAAGACAAAGCUCAGAAGCUGUUAAUGUUGUUUCGUGAGCAGAGACAAAGAGACCAACCACCUCCGGAGGAGAAGGUGCAACUCUGUGAACCAAAUGACAGCCAUCCCGCUCCGCCCCCAGAAUCAAAGCCGCUAUGCAAAUCCAUCUCAAAAAGAAAGAUGGGCAAAGCUUUUAGCUUCUUAUGGAAGAGCAAAAGCUAUUCUGUUUACCAGUGUUGAGUUACUUGAGUCCCACUGUGCUGUAAAUGUCUGUUGUACCAUCUUAUUUCUUCCGACCGCUUCUUAUUCGUAGUUAUUUUCUUUUUCUUUUCCAAAGAGCAGAAUGUACAGGCCCCCUGUAAUCUAUGGAUUUUGGUUUAGCACUUCUCUUUCGGCUAGGAAUACAUGUAUUAUGUAUGAAGUAUUAUAUCCAAGUAGUUAGUUAUUAUAGAGUAAACCGAGUACUGUUUUCACACAAAGCUCUUCCCAGUGUUUUUAGGCCAUGUCUUGAAAUAUGUAAUAAUAAUUGCUUUGUUGUGUUGUAUGUAAUUGCUGUUAGGGACUGACUAAGCAGAACAACUGGAAAAGUUGUAACUUCAGAUUAAUAUUGGCAGGAUUGAAAUACACAUUAUUCAAUUGAUGGGAAUGGAUUUUUCAAGCAAACUUCCUAGUAAGGAAUUUAACAAGUCCUUCCAGCACUAUAUCGGCGUCUUCAUUUUUCAUGAGUUCUUCUGCAAUCUCUGCUGGAGUCGUAUCAACAUCCUUUAUGAGUUCUUCAAUUUCACUGAAGAGAUGAU